AAUGUCAUGGUUUGUUUUAAAUAACAUUAUCCAUAUUUUCAGAUUAAACGCAAAACUUGUAACGAGAAUGGCUGGAAAAUCUGCUAUGGAACGUGUUAAAGCAAACGCAGAGGUUGCCAAAAGAACCAUCGAUGAAUUAAAAAACGAACUAAGUUUCAUUCAUAAAGAAUACAACAACAUGUUAGCCCAGCAAUUGCGGGAGGAAAAUGCUCGACUUUCAGCUGCUGUUCAAGAAGCAAUGAAGACGCUAGUUGAAUUGGAAGAACGAAAUGGGAUUCAACAGAUACCUAUACCAAACCAGGUUAUUUCUUGUGCAUCCGUAAAAGAACAAGAUACCAUGCCGGAUCCAAUACCCUCCACAGAAAUUAAAGACUCGAAACCAAAAAAAGAAAAAAAGGAGAAAAAACCUAAGGAGCAAAAAGAACCAGCUGUUGAAUUACCAGUGGAUAUCGGUAGGCUUGAUUUGCGUAUCGGUAAAGUCGAGGAUGUUCAGAGACAUCCAGAUGCAGAUUCUUUGUAUGUUUUAAAAAUCAAUUGCGGGGAAGAUAAACCACGCACCGUGUGCUCGGGACUUGUGAAACAUAUACCCAUAGAUCAACUUAAGGAUAUUCACGUGGUUUUGUUGUGCAACUUAAAGCCGGUCAAGAUGCGUGGAAUCACGUCCGAGGCCAUGGUGAUGUGUGCCAGUAGCGAAGCAGGAGUAGAAGUGCUGUCGCCUCCAAAGGGUAGCAAACCGGGCGAUUUAGUGCAGUGCGAGGGGUAUACGAGACAGCCAGACGCCGUCAUGAAUCCCAAGAAAAAAAUAUUUGAAACUGUUGCGCCUGAUUUACAUACCAACGACGAUCUUCAAGCUUGCUAUAAAAAUACACCGUUUCAGGUCGAGGGAAAAGGACUUUGCUUGGCUAAAACGUUAAAGAACGUUCCCGUUAAAUAAUUUUGUUGCAAGUGAUGUUUUGUUAAAGAAUAUUUAAGUAAAAGAUUUUUUGUAAACCAGUUCUUUUUAAAUUAUUGAAUAAAAAUUAAUCUAAUUGUA